CCUGCUCUGAGGGCAGUAGGGAGUCACUUUGGGUGUGGGCAAGGCAGUGAGGUGGUCAGAUUCAGGCUGAACAGGCGCUAAGGCGCGGUCUGGAGCAGGGACCGCAGGGGCGGGGGUGAGGUCAGGCUGGAGCCUGUGACAGGAACGAGGAGACAGGCUGGCAGCACCAGGGUGACCAGGUCGAGCUGAAACAACAGUGGGCGUCACGAUGUUUCCUGAAGAUGUUGCCAACAAGGCGGGCCAGGCAUGGGGGGCAGCGUGGGGUGGGCUGAGUUCAGGGCUGUGUUGAAGAAGUGCAAGUGGAAUGCAGAAUUUGGUUUGGGACGAAUUGAAGGUGGAGGCCCCUGGGGACAAAUAAAGGGUCCCAGGCUUCUUCAGAGUUCCACGCCCAGAGGAGGACGGAGCUGGGGCAGAAGCACCGAGGAUGUAGCCUACAAAACCACACUCGCCCCCGUGGGAUUGAAAACCACCCAGAACCCCUGCCAUCAAGUUGAUUAUGGUUCAUAAACCUCAGCCCACUGCCUCUGAGCCCAUGCUGACUCCUGGUGACGGGGUACAAGUGCCCCUGUGGGUUUCAGAGACUAAUUUAUUAAGAAAGGGAAAAGCUUCCCCGUUCGCCUAAGGAACAAAGCCGACGCCCUGGUGGUUUUAAAACGGCCGGCCUUGAGGGCAGCUGUCCAAAGCAUACCCCACUAAGCCACCGGGGCUCUUUCAUAGCAGUUUCCCAGAGGGGUGAAAGCACCCCUGGGGGACGCAGUAUGAAGGGGGGUGGGCUCUGGAUUUCACUCUGAAUUGUGGGCUGGAAUAUAAAAAAUUUGUCACAUAUUCAUUGUGGGGCAGAGGAGAGGGACACCGAGUAAUUUUUUUUUCUUCUGGAAAGGGGCGGUUAGAUCUCAUCUGUUUCCAGGCUUUAUAGCAGCAGAAAGGCUCUUCUUUCUCCAACAGAGCGGCCGGUGGGUUCAAACCACUGACCUCUUGGCUAACAGCCGAGCCCUUUAGCCAUUGCACCAUCAGGGCUCCGUCGUUCAAACCUGAAAAGCGCCACUGCUGUCCGUUCUGACUUAGUGAGCCUCUGACUUAGUGAGCCUCUGGGGCUGAGCGGAACAGCUCCAUAGAGACUCUGGGGCGGUCUUCACGGAGCUGAAACCCUCAGGGUCUCCAGCAGUUGGUGGGGUUGAGACACUGGUCUACAUAAAAGUCCUAGUAAGGGGAGGGGGGUGGUCGCCUAGGAGGGGAGAGGAAGGAGGUACCACCUAGGCCUGGGCAGCCAGCAGAGCCAGCGGGAGGAUGGUGUGAUGCAGGAUUACAGGAAGACAGAGUGGUUGAUGAGAUUAAGGAAGAGGAGGACAUCAGAGCUGGCCCAGUGGGGUGCCCUUCACCUGCGCAGAGGUCCUGCCUCAGGUCGCUGGGUGGGCGGGGUAGAGGUGGAUCUUCAGCCUCAGGCUCGUUAGCAUGAGGAGGGGCCCUGGGUCUAUGGGUGCUGACUGGCUGAGGGCUGCUGUGCCCCAAUCCUGGUCCUGUCUCUUCGCUCGCCCCACGGAUGGGUCCCCGCAGGCCCAGCUGAGAACCAUGCUGGAGGUGACCGCCCAGCGGGCCGCCCAGGCCCAGACCCAGCUCCGGGAGCUGCAGCAGCAAAGCAGCCAGAUCCAGGGCUCAGCCUGUGGCCUGGCCUCCGUGGUCUCUGGCAAAUUCAGCUGCCUCCUGCAAGCCUUGGAGCUACGGAGGGCCUCCGUGCUGAGGGACCUGGAGGCAGCCAAGGCCCACGAGCUGACCAAGGCCCGGGACGGGGAGCAGCAGCUUCGCAGCCACCUGGAGGCCCUAGCGGCCCACGAGGGCAGGAUGCAGAACCUCCUGGCGCAGCAAGAUGACUGCGUCUUCCUCCAGCAAUCCCUGCUCCUGGUGCCCCCAGAGCCCCUCGGGCCGCUGCCCCCUCUGCAGUGGGAUGAAGACCAGCAGCUGGGGGACCUGAAGGAGACUCUGAGCCAGCUGGGGAGCCUCCUGCUGGAAGAGGAGCCCCCUGAGGUGCUCGACAUGGGGCCUGUGGAGGCCCCAGGUCCCCUGGCAUCCAUUUCGAGCCCGGCGUGUCCACUGAGGAGAGAACUCUGGCAGAAUUACCACAACUUGACCUUCGACCCGGACAGCGCCAACCGCCACUUCCACCUGUCCCGGCAGAACCGGCAGGUGAAGCACCGCCGCAAACCACGGGGCCCAGGUGGCCCGCGCAGCUUCGACCUGUGGCAGGUGCAGUGUGCCCAGAGCUUCGAAACAGGGCGGCAUUACUGGGAGGUGCGAGCCUCCAGCCACUCCGUGAUGCUGGGUGUCGCCUACCCGGAGCUGGAGCGGAGCGGGCAGGGCGGGCACACCACCAACAUUGGCCGGGGGCCCUGCUCCUGGGGCCUGUGCAUUCAGGAGGACAGCUCCCAGGCCUGGCACAACGGGAAGGCCCAGCGCCUGCCGCCUGUGUCCGGGCGGCUCCUGGGCGUGGAUUUGGACCUGACCUUGGGCUGCCUCACCUUCUACAGCCUGGAGCCCCAGGCCCAGCGGCUGCACACCUUCCAUGCCGUCUUCACAAAGCCCCUCUACCCUGUCUUCUGGCUUCUUGAGGAUCGGGCCCUUACCCUCUGCCAUCGGCCUGGCGCCCAGGGAGAGACCUCAGAGCUCAGUUGAGACCCCGCCCGACUCCAGGAGGCCCUCAAGCUGGGAACAGGUGGACCUGUGCCUGUGUGCCCAGCUCCUGGCCCGAGGGCCCAGGUCACAGCUAUAAGCAGACCAGCAGCAGGCCAAAGACCCAGGGCUUGUGGACACGUGUGUGCAACAUGUGUGCACUGUGUGUGGGUGUCUUGUGUAGGAUUCUAACACUGAGGGAAAUAUGACGAGGACUAUAUUCCCUAACUUAUCACAGAGGGAAUCUGGAAAGCUAAUAUU